CAGACUCUGCUUUGGAAAUCAUUACAGCUGUGUAACUUGCAAACUAUGAGUAAUGGCUUCCUCCAGUUUAACUCAUCCUUCUCUUAGUGUUUGCACUGUGCUCAUCCUUCCCUGCCUGCCUGGUCCUGCCCGGCGGUGAGGUCCUGGAUCUCGGUGCAGCAGCUUCCCUCGUGCCUUGGAGAGGAAUUGCAGCACAAUGGCUUCGUUCCCUGUCUUGGAGCAAGAGACGUUGUUCCGGAACGGUACCUGGAGCUAUCGCAUUCCAGCCCUUCUCUACCUGCCCCGGUUCAGCAUGAUCCUGGCCUUUGCUGAGGAGCGGGAGGACGUGGUGGAUGAACAUGCCAAGCUCAUAGCGAUGCGCAGGGGCCUGUACAACCCCAGCUCGCACCACGUCCAGUGGAAUAACAUGGAGACCAUUGUCACUGCACAGCUGAAAGACCACCGAUCUAUGAACCCCUGCCCGGUUUACGAUGAGGUCUCAGGGAAACUGAUCCUGUUCUUCAUAGCUGUCCCAGGAAAGAUCUCUGAGCAGCAUCAGCUCAGGACAAAGAUUAACCUGGUACGCCUCUGCUACGUCACCAGCAUGGACCAAGGGCGCACCUGGAGCACUGCCCAGGAUGUCACCGACAGCACCAUCAGGGCCGAGUACAAGAACUGGGCCACGUUUGCGGUGGGGCCGGGGCACGGCUUACAAUUGCUCAACGAGGCCCGGAGCCUGGUGAUUCCUGCCUAUGCCUAUCGUAUCUUGGACCCGAAGCAACACCCCACCCCUCAUGCCUUCUGCUUCAUCAGCUCUGACCACGGCACAACGUGGGAGCUGGGCAACUUCGUGGGCGAGGAGAGCGCGGUGGAGUGCCAGGUAGCGGAGGUGCACUCCUGUGGCAGGAGGGUCCUGUACUGCAACGCGAGGAGCACCAGGGGAGCCCGAGUCCAGGCCAUCAGCUACAACCACGGGCUGGACUUCGAGGGAGGCCAGCGGGUUGAAAUGCUGGUGGAACCUCCCUUUGGAUGCCAUGGAAGUGUUACUGCCUUUCCACCUCCCCCUGAUGCCAGGUGCCAAGAUAGUUGGUUACUCUAUGCUCACCCUACAGACCCAAAGGGUCGAAAAGAUUUAGGAAUUUACCUCAACAAAAGCCCUUUAAAUCCAGCACACUGGACAAAACCUAGCAUCCUCUUCAAGGGCCUGUGUGCUUAUUCGGAUCUGCAGUACAUGGGUGUUGGGCCCGAUGGCUCACCCUUGUUCUCCUGCCUCUUUGAAUACGGGACCCGCCGGCAGUGUGAAGAGAUGAUCUUUGUCAUGUUCACCUUGAAGCAAGCCUUUCCCUCUGAGUUUUGAGUAUCAAGCCUUUCCAUCAGCAUCCCUCCAAACAUCACCUUUGCUGAUCUUUUUCCUUGUCACUUCUCAUCUUUGAGCAGGAGGUUUUUGUACUCCUUCUGCACACUUAGUUUGGCGUUGGCUUGCGGCGUCUGUAGAUUAUGAAG